CUUGUCCCGGGAUCGCUGCUCCGCCUCCGUCUCUCCCCGUCUUCUCUCCCUCUCGCUGGAGCUAUUGCCUCACUUCGCCGCCGGCGCCUCUCUCCCCUCGACGGAGUCAUCGCCGCUGCCGGCUCUUCUUUCUCGUUCGCUGGGUUGCUACCGCCGCCGCUCAGCUGCCAAGAUAAACGAGCCGACCUCGAGCUGGGCUCAGUUGCACGCCCAGCAAAAGCCUUCUUUAGAUUUCCAGCAACAACCUCAUUUACACCCCUGCAGGCCUUCUCCCUCUCCAAAAUCCUAGUAACGAACCAGAGAUUGAACGGGAGGAGAACAAGAGCCAGGGCAAAGAUGAUGAUAAAUGAAAGCAAGUUCGACGUACAUCUGCAGCUAUGGGCGCUCCGAAUCCCCCGUGAACUCUGCAAAUCCGUCUCCCGCCUUCUCCAUGGAUACAUGCUGGAUAAACCUCGCAUCAAGCCGAUAACUGAAGAUCCUGCAUCUGAGAAAAAACGGCUUGUUAUUUUGUCUGAAAGGGUUCAAAAUCCUGAGUUAUUGGGGAUCCCAGCUCAAACACUUGAUGCUUUAAAGUUGUUAUGCAAUAUUGAAGUAGUCCCCCAUUCAUUGACUCUUGGGUAUGCCUAUUGGGGUGCAGAUCAUAUCUUGAAGCAAGUUCUGCCAGAUGGAGUAGAGAUCCCUUCAUCAUUUGAAACAAUAGGCCAUAUUGCCCACUUGAAUAUAACUGAGGAACUACUACCGUAUAAGAGUGUCAUUGCGAAGGUUAUUUAUGAUAAAAAUCAACCAAGAAUCAAAACUGUGGUGAAUAAAGUGGGAUCUAUAACCAAUGAGUUUCGUGUACCCAAAUUUGAAAUUCUAGUCGGUGAAGAAAACAUGAUCACAGAAGUUAAACAGUACGGUGCUACAUUUAAACUUGACUAUGGUGCAGUCUACUGGAACUCCAGACUUGAACAUGAACAUAUCAGAUUGGUUUCACUGUUUAAUGCAGGAGAAAUUGUAUGUGACAUGUUUGCUGGUAUUGGCCCCUUUGUCAUUCCUGCAGCACAGAAGGGAUGCACAGUAUAUGCAAAUGAUCUAAAUCCAGAUAGUGUCCAUUAUUUGGGGUUAAAUGCAAGAAUUAAUAAGGUUGAGGAUCAUGUUUGUACUUAUAAUAUGGAUGCCAGAACAUUUAUGCACCACUUGAUGGCAGUGCCUGCUCAGGAGAGUAAGCCAGAUCCUCAGAUUUCUGUUUCUGGAUAUCUUGAAGCUGACAUUUUUUUAGUUAAUGAAGAAGCAGACAAUGAAGAUAGACAACUCAGAGAUGCUAUGGAGGAAGGCCAUGACAAUGGAAUAGAUGCUCAAGAAGGUCUUAGUACAUCCAAGAGAAUCCAUGCUUCUGCUAAAAGACGAUCAGAAAAUUGUAAUGCAGCAGAAGAUCAAGUUCUUAGAGGUUGUACAGUGGGAACAAUUAACAAGUCUAACAGGAAUACCAGCAAGAGAAUGAGAGCCGUCAAAGCAUCAUCUACAAAUGUGUGGGAGCAUGUAGAUCAUGUGAUUAUGAAUCUCCCUGCUUCUGCAUUGCAAUUUCUUGAUGUUUUCAGGGGUCUUCUGCAAAGGAAUCACUGGAAAGGAUUGUUACCAUGGAUACACUGCUAUUGCUUCAUGCGUACAAAUGAAACCAAAGAGUUGAUAAUAGCUGAGGCUGAGUCCAUUUUAAAUUCAAAGAUUGAUGACCCAAUGUUUCAUAGAGUUCGUGAUGUUGCUCCUAACAAGGCAAUGUUUUGUUUAAGCUUCCGGUUGCCAGCUGAGACAUGCUCUGGAUAGGAUUACAAAAUUAUGGAGGACUCCGAGUUAUAGUCAGGUUUAGAUCUGCGUUGCUAGCGUUGGUAGAUAGAACAAGCAAAAUGGUUCAUUACUACUCGAAUAUGUUUUAAUGUUUUCACAGUUACUCAUUAUCGCAAGUAAUAAAAAUGAGCAGUUCUCAUUUACGUUU